CAGUCGACAGGACGGUUUUAAAACGCUGCACAAUCUGCAGGUUUGAUCACUGCAGGAGGAACUUGUCGAGAUGAGGUGGUGUGUCGCUGUGGUCCUGACAGUGCUGCAGCUGCAGGUCUGCAGCUCAGCGCCGCAGUCUGACCGUCUGCUCUACGUCUCACAAAUACAGGAGGGACAAGAGAAACCCAUCAAGCCAUGGCUGAAUCCCACACUGGCAAAUGUCGUCCCUUCCCGGGAACUCAUCAACCCUCCUACAGUCAACGAUAUCGCUGAAACGGAGAUCUCUUCACGCUCCGUCCCCAUGUUCGACGAACACGUGAACCUCCAGUGGGUCGCGUGGAACGGCUCCCUCCCCAACGGCGCCGUCGCCAUCUUCAACGGCUACACUGAACGCACCGACUACGUGUGCAAGGUCAACUGCGAGGCCGGCUUCUACACACCCAGCAAAGGAAGCUUCUGCCAGUACCCGUACGCCGACAAGGAAUACGCGUCGUCAAAGUUUGAAGUGCUGGUCAACGUGGACCACUUUGAGUUCCUGGAGUGGGUUGAGGAUUCAUAUGGGUCCACCCCUCAGUAUGCAGUGAAAACGUGCUCAAACAGAGACAUCUACGUGGGGAAAAACAAGUAUGGUCUCGGUAAAGUGGUGACACAACAUGAGGCCUUUUUCCUGCCCUGGGAGGGCGAUGAGUACUGGUACAAGAGCUACCAGGUGCUGGCCAUCAACAGAGAGAGCUACAGCCAGCACAUCUCUCACGUGGAGUACGGCAUCGACCAGAUGGAGCUGUUUCAGCAUCCUCCUGAGGCCCUGAAGAUCACCAAGGUCACCAACCUGGAGUGCAGAUCUGUGCAGAAGACGGUGACGCUGGAGAAAACCAGCACGGUCGAGAAAUUCUGGGACAUCGGCAGAGAAACCCGCAACGGCUCCAUUUCAACCAUGAAGGCCAAAGUGCCCAUCCUCGGUCCAGGAAAUGUGGACUUCACCAAGGAGCAGACGGUGAAGUUCUCAGAGGGGACAACCACCGUGGAGUCCAUCAGCCACGUUCUCUCCGUGGAGCUGCUGGUCCGGCCCAACCACUCCUGCGCUGUGAGGAUGGACGGACGUAAGAUGACGGCCGACAUCCCCUUCACCGGCAGACUGAGCAGAACCAACCACAGGGGCGACACACACUGGACCUACGUGACAGGCACAUACAAAGACCUGAGCGUGGGCGAGAUCAACGCCGUGGUGGAGCGGUGUCAGCCGGUGCCGGACGCCGUUCCCUGUCCUCCAGCUCAGGAAUGAAGAUGAUGUGCAGAAAACAUUGUAUUUCACAAAUAAAAAUAACAUUAAAAAU